AUGGCCAAGGAUGCCUAUGCCUGGGAUGUGGACUCUAUAUUCACCGAGCCCGGUAAGGAGUUGUACUCGAGACAACCCUUUGUCCCAUGCAGCCAAGACGAACACUUGAACGUAAGCUACUUCGGAAUGGUAGAGCCAUCCAAGGAGUACACUCAGCAGCUACACGAGUUCAUCGCAGCGCAGAAGUCACACUCGGACAGUGCUAGUCAUAUCGUAGCUGAUCAUAUCAAUGCACCAUAUCGCGCUACAGGACCUGCCGAGAUAAGAGUCGUUCGACUAUGCCCAGGCGCGUUCGAUGAGCCACUGAGUGGACAUCUCGAGCACAUCAACAUCGAAUUCAGCUUCGACGAUAUACCCUCUGGUGCAGGCGGGUCGUGGACGUAUGGACACCGGGCUGCGUUCGGCCUAUCGUUGGACAGAGGUAUGAAAAUCCCAUACACAGCUGUGAGUUAUGCGUGGGGCUCGUCAGACUUCACUCACCCUUUGACCAUGGACGGGACUAGCAUACAGGUCACCGAGACUGUCGAUGUGCUCUUGCGCCACGUCAGGCUGGCCGAUCGCCCAGUCACGCUCUGGCUGGACCAAAUUUGUAUUGAUCAGACCGACCGAGCUGACAAAGAAGCACAAGUGAAGCUGAUGGGCUCGAUCUAUCGCCGAGCGCGCAAUACGAUAGUGUGGCUCGGACAAGAAUCUGGGAUUGAGGCAUUCACCGUCCUCAAAGGCCUGUACGAGGCGACGUACGGCGUGGAGGAACUGCUUGACGACAAGCUAGAUGAAUUACGAUACGAUUCGAAAUAUCAGCACGGAUUCAGCAGUCUGCUAAGGUUGCUCGAACAUCCCUGGUUCCAAAGGACGUGGGUGAUACAAGAGAUCAUCUUAUCUCGAAACAUCUACAUCAUGACCGGACGCGACACAGUCUCGUGGGACCUAUUCUCGAGGUACUGUUCUGGCGUGGCGCCCUUUGGGCUGAUCCAGAUGCCAGCCAAGGCCACACAUGCAGAGCGCUUACGAGCCUCAGGUGUUGACAUAGUUGUCGACGUCGCCUCCGAGAAGUCUUAUUACGACGCUCACGGGGCGUCUAAAUACAUGCUCAGCUGGCUCGUAGCUACUCGGUAUGCUGCAGUAGGUCUUCCGGUCGACAAGAUCUAUGCCCUCCUUGGGGUUUGCAAUUCCGACAUUCUGCCACUAUACACAAAACGUUGUACAGACCUAUACUGCGAGGUCGCGAUCUCCUUGAUCACCGAGGGCAUGACAGAAGUGGCGACGAGUAAGGUCCGGAUGGCAAAGAUGCAGACAUACCAUCUGGUCUCCAAAGUCCUGAGCUGUGUCGACCAUGACCCGGAAGCUGAUUCGCUACCUUCGUGGGCACCAGAUUGGUCGUUACCUCGUCAGACUUCAUCGUUGGGCUAUGCAACCUCCUGCUAUGCUAGAUUUGAUGCCGGCCGAACCACAGACCUUGAAGUCUUCCGCUUUGAUCGAGGAAGGAUGCACCUGAGUAUGCAAGCGUUGCAGAUUGGAGUAAUCGAAGAGCUGUCAUCCGUCUGUACAAAUGGGAGUCUGACCAUCGAAAAGCCUCUGGAGAACAACGGCGGCCUACGCGACGGUGUUCUUUUUGCUGCGCGCGGAGCAACUGUACUAGAUAAGUAUGGCGGCUUGUUCUUGACAUUCUGCUCCACUCUCGUGGCUGGCACCGAAGGCGACCCAAGAGGUAUGGGCGCUGUCUUUCCAAAGGAGUACAUCGAGAUCCUCAGCCUUCUCUGCGAUGAGUCCACCGGCACGAGUCCCUCGAUCCCCGGUCAAACAUACACGGCACGCCAGCUAUUACCCGAAGGCCAUCGUGGUCGUUUCUCACUGCAUCAUCUGUUACAACGCCAGACUGGCCGCUUCUUUAAAAGCCUGCAGAUUGCUUUCAAGAACGCAUUAUACAAUCGUCGCCUAUGUUGGCUGAAAGGGAAUGUUUUCGGUUUGGUUCCAAGCUAUGCGAAAGAAGGUGACGUCGCGUAUGUUGUCCCUGGAUGCCCUGUUCCCUUUGUCGUCAGAUGGAUCAGUGAUAAUCGUUGGAGGUUGAUCGGCGAAUGCUACAUUCACGCCGUGAUGCAUGGUGAGGCUAUUAAUGGCAGCACAUCCCUCGAAGACAUCGUCCUGGUCUAA